ACAAUCAUUCUCUCUCAGUAUUUUUUUUCGCUCUCCUACUCUGCAUUUCUUUUUCUUUUUUAAUAUUUUUCUUGGUACUUUUCUUCUUCUAUGCACCUCUUCAUUGCUCAUCUCUCUCUAUUCAUAGAAAAAGAAAAUCAUAUUUCAUUUUGAUCCUUAUCUUCCUCUCCUUUUAAAUCAUCACACUUUCUUUUUUUCUCUAGAAUUUGUACUUUUAGUUCUUAUCCCAUUUCAAGUUUUCUGCUCAGUUCCUAGGAACUUCUCACCAACUCCUUUCAAAAAUGAAGAAGUUCAUUCUGAAACUGGAGGUGCAAGAUGUCAGAGAUAAGAGGAAGGCCAUGAAGACUGUCUCCACUCUUUCAGGGAUUGAUAUGAUCUCCAUAGACAUGAAGGAUAAGAAAUUGACUGUGAUUGGAACGGCUGAUCCUGUUACUGUUGUGAGCAAACUACGCAAGUUUUGGAGGUCAACCGACAUAAUAUCAGUAGGGCCAGCAAAAGAGCCUGAGAAGAAAGAGGAGCCGAAGAAAGAAGAACCUAAGAAGGAAGAGGCCAAGAAGGAGGAAGGUAAGGAAGAAGCAAAAAAAGAGGACACCAAAGAGGAGCCAAAGAAGGAAGAGGGGAAAAAAGAAGAGCCUAAGAAGGAAGAAGAGGCAAAAAAGGAGGAAGGAGAGAAAAAGGCCGAGCCUCCACAGCCAAUGGUGGCAACCAUUAUGCCAUACAGACCAUAUUAUCAUCCAGUGAACACAUAUUAUCCUGCAAUGAGCUCAUACCAUCCUCCGAUGAACGCAUUCUAUAACCCUGCGGUUAACACAAAUUACUACGCUCAGCCUGUCGUGGAAGAGAGUCCGAGUUUGUGUACUAUACUGUAAAUGGUGAACGGUAAGAAAACAUGGCAUUGUUUUCUUAAUCUGAAGGAACCCGUUUUGUCUCUGGUCAUGCAAUUCUAAAAGGGGUCUGAAGAAGAGAGAACCGUCGCCUUGUAAAUACAAUUUACUGUUUUAUCUUUACAUUUUCUUGAGAAAGAUGUUGUACUUAUAAAUAAUUUUGUUCAGAUUACUAAUUUCAGUACUAUGCUUCAUAUA